AUGUCAAAUGUUAAAUUGAAUCUGAUAGCAGCCGCCUGCGAAAAUAUGGGCAUCGGUGUCAAUGGGGCACUACCUUGGAAACUAAAAAAGGAAAUGGCUUACUUUACAACAAUGACAACAAAAGUAAAAUAUGAAAAUAAAGUCAAUGCUGUUAUAAUGGGCCGGAUUACAUGGGAUUGCAUCCCAAAUAAAUAUAGACCUCUCAACAAUCGAGUUAAUAUAGUCCUCACACAUCAUGUGGAUGAUGUAAAAACAAAGGUUCCAGAGGGGGUGGUUGUUGUGCCAAGUCUAGAUGAAGCAAUCUGUUACAUUGAAAGCAGAGAUGAUAUUGAAUCUACUUGGGUUAUUGGUGGAUCCUCCAUUUAUAGGGCUGCAAUGGAACAUGAAAAUUGUGGCAAGAUAUACCUUACUGAAAUACAAAAGUCUUUCGACUGUGACACAUUUUUUCCAAAUAUAGACAAGCAGCAGUUUCAUUUGGUGGAUGAAGAAGAAAUUCCUGGAGACAGGCAGCUUGAAGGCGACAUUAGUUACUUUUUCCGAGUGUAUAAAAAGUUG